UUGACAUUGACAUUAAUGUUUCAUAAGUACAUAGCUAGGUUGUUUAUCAACAUUGAAUCAUAUGGAAAAGAGCAAAAUUCUGAUAAUUGGUGCUACGGGAAGUCUCGGUUACCAUUUAGCAGAAUCAAGCCUCAAAUUUUGUCACCCAACAUUUGCUCUUGUUAGAGAUUCUUCUUUUUCCGACCCAACCAAAUCCCAUAAACUUCAAUGCCUUUCCCAUGCCGGAGUCACCCUUCUCAAAGGUUCUCUCCAAGAUGAAACUAGCCUCGUUGAAGCUGUGAAGCUAGUAGAUGUUGUAAUUUGCGCUGUUUCAGCUAAACAGACUCUGCAGCAAAAGCUUCUCAUUAGGGUUAUUAAGCAACUUGGUUCAAUCAAGAGGUUCGUUCCGUCUGAAUUCGGCUCGGAUCCUACCAAGGCUAAAGUAUGCGAACUCGAAGAUGGCUAUAACUUCUAUGCACCCAAAAUUGAGAUUAGGAAACUUGUGGAGUCGGAAGGCAUUCCUUAUACUUUCAUAUCAUGCAAUUUCUUUAUGAAAGUUUUGCUUCCUUCUCUCGUUCAACCUGGCUUAGAAGCUCCUCCUAGGGACAAAGUCACCAUAUUCGGCGAUGGCGAUACAGAAGGCGUGUUUAUGCAGGAAAGUGAUGUUGCUGACUUUACUAUCAACGCGGUUGAGGAUCCCCGCACGUUGAAUAAAGUUUUGUAUUUGAGACCUUCUGGAAAUGUUUGUUCUUUGAAUGAGCUGGUUGAGUUGUGGGAAACUAAAAUUGGGAAGAAGCUUGAGAGGUUGCAUGUCUCAGAAGAAGAUCUGCUUGAGAAAAUCAAAGAAACAACUUUCCCUGCAAACUUCGAGAUGCUUUUUAUAUAUUCUGCUUUCAUAAAGGGAGAUCACACAUACUUUGAUAUUGACUCUUCCUUUGGUGUGAAUGGUACCGAACUAUAUCCACAGCUGAGAUAUACCACAAUCAGUGAAUUUUUAGACACACUUAUGUAGACUUUGUUUGUUUCGGAUGUUUGGAAAUUCCAUUUUUCCUAUGUUCAUGUUAAUAUUUGUACUUGUGAACGCAGCUUAAGAAUGUCUAAAUGUGUUUUUGAACAAAUUAACAAUGCUAGUUCUUUGGCAAGGAGUGGUUGAUACAAAAUUGAGCAAUAAACUUGUGGUACGUAAACUAGUAAUCUUAAAGACAA